UGCAAAAAAGGCAGCACUAACAAACCUCCCAUCCUCAAACUUCAUAUUCUGGUUCUUCCAUAUAUCCCUUUUUCUUUUUUAAAUUUGCACAAAAGCUCACUUUUUAAAGGGUAAGGAAUAGUGUAUAGAGAAAGAAUUUAGCUUUUUUGAUUUUUAGUGAGAGACACAAAUAUAUAUCAUAUAUGCACAUGGCUAUGGCCACCAAGCUUCGAGCAAUAUCGAGUUUCAUUUGCAACAAAUGUGCUGGGAACCUAACUCCAAGCCCAAACUACCCCCCAACGCCUAAGCAAACAAGAGGAGAAUCUGAAUUAGCAAAGGCCUUGUUCUCAGUCACCGGAAUGACAGACUCGACGUGUGCUGUUCCGGUCGAGAAGACCAUCAAUGGGCUUCCUGGGAUACAUGAGGCCGUCGUAGAUGUCCUCAGUAAUAGGGCACAAGUCCUCUACUACCCGAGUUUAAUCAACGAGGAAAGAAUACGAGAGACUAUUGAAAAAGUUGGAUUUCAAGCCACAUUGAUCAAAGAUGACACAAACGAGAGAUCCACACAAGUAUGCAAAAUACGCAUAAGUGGAAUGACUUGUACUUCUUGCUCCUCCACUAUAGAAUCAGCUCUAAAAGCAAUUUCAGGUGUGCAAAAUGCCCAAGUGGCCUUAGCAACUGAAAAGGCAGAAGUUCAUUAUAAUCCAAAGUUUGUGAGCUAUAGUCAACUGUUGCAAGUCAUAGAAGAAACUGGAUUUGAGGGCACACUUAUUAGUAGUGGGGAUAAUAUCAACAAGAUAGAACUCAAAGUUGAUGGUGUAGACACUGAUCAUUCCUUGAAUAUGAUUGAAAAGUCUCUCCAAGUGCUUCCAGGGGUUCAAGAAGUAGAAAUAUACCCUGAACUCAGCAAAGUGUCCAUUUCUUAUGAACCAGAUAUGGCAGGACCCAGAACUUUUAUCAGUGUCAUUGAGUCAACUGGGAGUGGAAAUUUCAAAGCAACAAUAUAUCCCAGAGAAGGAGAAGAAACUGGCAGACAGCAGGAAAUUAAGCAAUAUUAUAAAUUCUUUGUAUGGAGUUUGGUUUUUACGAUUCCCGUGUUUUUAACAUCCAUGGUUUUCAUGUAUAUCCCUGGAACUAAGAUGGUAUUAGAUACCAAACUUGUCAACAUGAUGACUGUUGGUAUGAUGUUGAGGUGGGAGCUCUCUACUCCAGUACAGUUCAUCAUAGGCAGAAGAUUCUACAUAGGAGCCUAUAAAGCUUUGAGCCAUGGUUCUGCUAAUAUGGAUGUUUUGAUCGCCUUGGGAACAAAUUCAGCCUACUUUUAUUCUGUCUACUCAGUGUUAAGGGCUGCUUACUCUAAAGAUUUCAAGGGUACAGAUUUCUUUGAGACUAGCUCAAUGCUUAUUUCAUUUAUUCUACUUGGGAAGUAUUUAGAGGUUUUGGCUAAGGGAAAGACAUCAGAAGCCAUUGCCAAGCUUAUGGACUUGGCGCCUGAAACAGCUGUAUUGCUAACUCUGGAUGAUGAAGGAAAUGUGAUAAGUGAACAAGAAAUUGAUAGCCGGUUAGUACAAAAGAAUGAUGUGAUUAAAAUUAUCCCCGGGGCCAAAGUUGCUGCAGAUGGUUAUGUUCUGUGGGGGGAAAGCCAUGUAAAUGAGAGCAUGAUAACAGGAGAAGCAAAAGCAGUGGCAAAAAUGAACGGAGACAAAGUGAUUGGAGGAACUGUGAAUGAGAAUGGGGUGUUGCGCAUCAAAGCAACUAGAGUAGGAUCAGACAGUGCCCUUUCCCAGAUUGUUCAACUUGUUGAAUCAGCACAAAUGGCUAAAGCACCAGUCCAGAAGUUCACUGACCGCAUUUCUAAAUACUUUGUGCCUCUGGUCAUUAUGCUUUCAUUUUCAACUUGGCUUGCCUGGUUUUUGGCUGGAAGGUUCCACAGCUACCCAAAAUCUUGGAUACCAUCUUCCAUGAGUAGCUUUGAGCUUGCACUUCAGUUUGGGAUCUCUGUCAUGGUCAUAGCAUGCCCUUGUGCUCUAGGCCUAGCAACCCCAACUGCUGUUAUGGUUGGUACUGGAGUUGGUGCAUCUCAAGGGGUACUAAUUAAAGGUGGCCAAGCUUUAGAAAGUGCACAUAAGGUUAACUGCAUUAUAUUUGACAAGACAGGGACUCUCACGGUUGGGAAACCAGUGGUCGUUGACACACAACUCUUGAAAAAUAUGGAACUUCGAGAAUUCUAUGUUCUCAUUGCUGCAAUUGAGGUGAACAGUGAGCACCCAUUAGCCAAGGCCAUAGUGACAUAUGCCAAGAAAUUUGUAGAAGAUAAAGAGAACCCUGCUUGGCCAGCAGCACAAGACUUUAUCUCCAUUACUGGCAAUGGAGUGAAAGCCAUUGUUCAAAACAAGGAAAUAAUAGUGGGCAACAAGAGUUUGAUGUUGGACCAGAACAUUGCCAUUCCAGCUGGUGCUGAAGAUAUACUGGCACAAGCUGAAAGCAUGGCUCAAACUGGGAUUCUAGUAUCUAUAGAUAGGGAAGUCGCCGGAGUUCUGGCCAUAUCUGACCCCCUUAAACCAGGUGCUCAAGAAGUCAUUUCCAUUCUCAAGUCCAUGAAAAUUAAAAGCAUAGUGGUGACAGGUGAUAAUUGGGGAACUGCCAAUGCCAUUGCCAAGGAAGUUGGAAUUGAAACUGUUAUUGCAGAAGCCAAACCAGAGGAUAAAGCAAAGAAAGUGAGGGAAUUUCAGACUGCAGGCUACACUAUGGCAAUGGUAGGAGAUGGCAUCAAUGACUCACCAGCACUUGUUGCUGCAGAUGUUGGAAUGGCCAUUGGUGCUGGCACAGACAUUGCUAUCGAAACAGCUGAUAUUGUUCUCAUGAAGAGCAACUUGGAAGAUGUGAUAACUGCAAUUGAUCUUUCUAGGAAGACCUUCUCACGUAUACGUCUUAAUUACAUUUGGGCUUUGGGGUAUAAUAUGCUUGGUAUCCCAAUUGCUGCUGGGGUCAUUUUCCCAUUUACUGGAUUUCGUUUACCACCAUGGAUUGCUGGAGCUGCAAUGGCAGCCUCUUCUGUCAGUGUUGUUUGCAGCUCCCUCUUGUUAAAGUAUUACAAGAGACCCCAUAAGUUGAAUAACAUGGACUUACAUGGAAUACAAAUUGAGUAAUCAACAAUAUUGGUUCCGAUCCAUAUUUGUCAAUAAGCAUCUAGGAGUUAAGAUUCUCCUAGGAUCAAUUUAGGCAGUGUUGAUUGAUGAAAGAUUGUAAAUAGUGUACUUGUUUUGUUGGUAUACCCUGUACAGAAGUAGUGUGACAGUGACCAAAAGAUGAAUGAGAUGAAGAUUAGUG